AUGACUCUAGAACAACCAGAGAAAACCAGCCUGGAAGACGGAAUUGUCGACUGGGACGGCGAAGAUGACCGUGCUAAUCCUCGCAACUGGCCAAAGUCCAAGAGGUGGGCGCACGUAGUCGUCGUCUCCAUCCUGGCUCUUAUCACGAACAUGGCACCCACAAUGUGUGCUCCCGGCAUCAGCGCAAUCGAGGCCGACUUGAACAUCACCUCCAGUGUUGCCAGUACCCUCGCUGUCACUCUAUAUGUAUUGGGGAUUGCUAUUGGCCCUAUGUUCACGUCACCUCUCAGCGAAGUCUACGGGCGGACGCCUGUUUAUCACGCCGCUAGUCUCGUCUUUGUCGCCUUCAUCAUUGGCAAUGCGCUGAGCCAGAACGUCGCCCAAUUCCUCGUCUUCCGCUUCCUCUCUGGGAGUGCUGGUGGUACUCCAAUGGCUCUUGGUGGUGGGACCAUCGCCGACAUUACAACUAUUGAGACGCGGGCUGUAGCAAUGGCGUUAUUCAGUAUGGGGCCUCUGGCCGGACCAGUUCUCGGACCAGUCAUCGGGGGCUUUGUCGCAGCAGGACCAGGCUGGCGUUGGACGUUCUGGUUGCUGGCAAUCCUGGGGGGAGUCGCUGGAGUGACAGCGCUGGUAAUCCUGCGCGAAACGCAUCCAAAGAUCAUUCUCGAGCACAAGGCUGCCCGUCUCCGUGCGAGGACUGGCCGCUUGGAUUUGCGUUCCAGGCUUGUCAGUGAUGAUUCACUCUCACCAGUCCAGGUCCUUCUUCAGGUCCUGAUCCGCCCAACGAUGCUCCUGUUCCGGUCGCCCAUCCUCUUCGUCAUAUCCCUUUACGUGGCAUUGGUGUUUGGAGUAAUGUACCUCCUCUUUACAACCUUUCCCAGCGUGUUUGAAGGCCAAUACGGAUUCACGACAUCCAUAUCCGGGCUGGUUUACCUGGGCCUGGGGAUUGCCUUGGUCGCUAGCAUGCUCCUCUUCACCACUCUACAUGGCCGUGUACAGGCAGCGCGGAUGAAAGCUGACGGGGUGCAACAGCCUCGACCUGAAUAUAGACUACUCUUAAUGAUUUGGUUCAGUCCGUUUGUCGGGCUUGGGUUGAUCCUAUACGGCUGGACAGUGUACUAUCAGGUUCAUUGGAUCGUGCCUAUCAUCGGCACAGUCUUCAUGGGAUUUGGAUCCUUUUUUGUCAUUAUGCCCUCGCAGCUCUACCUGGUUGAUGUGUUUGGGUCCCGAGCAGCGGCCUCUGCUCUGGGCGCCAACAACCUUCUCCGUUACAUCUCGAGCACAUUCUUGCCUCUUGCAGGCCCUUCCAUGUACCGAAGCCUAAAUUAUAGCUGGGGGAAUACGUUGUUAGGACUGCUGGCCCUCGCGUUUGUUCCAGGGCCCCUGCUCUUCUAUCGGUACGGCGAGCGUCUCCGCGCCAAGUCGGUCGCUCCACGCGCGGUAUAA